AUGGAUCACGAAAAGGCCUUGCACUCGGAUGAGAAGGCGAGCGUCCCUCAGCCUACCGUUGAGUCGGCGCGUGAGGAUGGCCAGGUCGAAUGGCGUGACCAGGAGGACUUCAUGACCCGCAACGGUCUCAACCUCAAGUCCUUCCAGCGCCGUCCCCAGGCCGGCCCCAUGGUCGAGCUCGACAAGUCCAUGAAGACUCGCCAUCUCCACAUGAUUGCCAUUGGUGGUUCCAUUGGUGCUGGUUUCUUCGUCGGUUCAGGUGGUGCUCUCAGCAGAGGUGGUCCUGCUUCGCUCCUCAUUGACUUCUCCAUCAUGGGAGUCAUGAUCUUCAACGUUGUCUAUGCUCUUGGUGAACUCGCUGUCAUGUACCCAGUUUCUGGUGGUUUCUACACCUACUCGACUCGCUUCAUUGAUCCUUCCUGGGGUUUCGCCAUGGGCUGGAACUACGUCUUCCAAUGGGCCAUUGUUCUACCGCUCGAAUUGCUUGUCGCUGGUCUUACUGUGCAAUACUGGGAAGGCGCCCAAGGCAUAAAUGUCGCCGUCUUCAUCACCAUCUUCUGGGUCUUCAUCAUUCUAAUCAAUGUCUUCGGUACUCUGGGAUAUGCCGAGGAAGAGUUCUGGUCGUCAUGCCUCAAGCUUGGCGCUACAGUUGUCUUCAUGAUUAUUGCCCUCGUCCUCGUUUUGGGUGGCGGCCCUAGCAGCGGCAUGUACAGCGAAUACUGGGGUGCUCGUACCUGGUACGACCCCGGCGCGUUCAGCAAGUACGGCUUCAAGGGAUUCUGCAGUGUUUUCGUCACCGCUGCCUUCUCUUUCUCCGGUACUGAGUUGGUCGGUCUGGCCGCUGCCGAGACCAAGAACCCUCUCAAGUCGCUGCCUGGUGCUAUUCGCCAAGUCUUCUGGCGUAUCACCCUCUUCUACAUUCUCGGUCUCACCUUUGUCGGUCUUCUCGUACAGCACGAAGAUGAGCGCCUGAUGGGUGGCUCCUCCGAUGUCAAUGCCUCGCCCUUUGUCAUUGCUGGCAAGAACGCCGGACUCGUGGGUUUUGACAGUUUCAUGAACGUCAUCAUUCUCGUCUCAGUCAUUUCCAUCGGUGUGUCUGGUGUCUACGGUGGAUCUCGUACUCUUACCGCUCUCGCCGACCAAGGCUACGCUCCUAAGCUCUUCACCUACAUUGACCGCGCUGGACGUCCUCUCUAUUCUGUCGGCUUCGUCAUGAUGUGGGGCCCUCUUGCCUACAUGAACUUGGCUUCUACCGGUGCCACCAUCUUCAACUGGUUCGUCGCCCUUUCCGGUCUUGCUGCUCUAUUCACCUGGGGCUCCAUCUGCUUGGCCCACAUUCGUUUCCGCAAGGCCUGGGCAUACCACGGACACACUCUCGACGAGAUCCCCUUCAAGGCUGCUGGUGGUGUCAUCGGCUCUUGGAUCGGUAUCGGCAUCAUCAUCAUGGUUUUGGCUGCUCAGUUCUACACUGCUGUCUCUCCCCUCAACCUGCCUGCCGGUAAGAAGACUGGUACCGCGAGCGACUUUUUCGAGGCUUACCUUGCCAUCUUUGUCGUCGGCGCCUUCUGGGUUGCCGGUUACUUCUGGAAGCGUGAGGGUUGGCUCCGCACUGCUCAGAUGGAUGUCGACACUGGCCGUCGUGAGCUUGACUGGGACUUGAUCAACAGGGAGCGUGCCGAGAUUGCCACUUGGCCCGCGUGGAAGCGUUUCAUGCACCGCAUCUUUUAA